GGUAAUGGGUCAGGUCAGACGCGGCCACACUGAGAGCUGCCUCAACAAGCAGCAGGUCCUCACGGCCAUCCGCCAGUUGCAGCAGCUGCUGAAGGUCCAGGAGACCCGCUUCGCAGAGGGACUCCGCAACGUGAGGAGCCGGCUGGCUGCGCUCCAGAGCUCUGCCAACAGAGUGGGUCCCGACAGCCCCCCAGUUUCCUGCCCCGCUCUGAACGCCCCUCGAGAUGGCAGGAAGUUUGGAAGCAAGUACUUAGUGGAUCACGAAGUCCAUUUUACCUGCGACCCCGGGUUCCAGCUGGUGGGGCCUAGCAGUGUGGUGUGUCUUCCCAAUGGCACCUGGACCGGGGAGCAGCCCCACUGCAGAGAUAUCAGCGAGUGCGCCAGCCAGCCUUGCCAGCAUGGCGGGACGUGUUUAGAAGGAGUCAACCAGUACACGUGCAUCUGCCCUCCAGGAAGGACCGGGAGCCGCUGCCAGCACCAGGCCCAGACUGAUGUGAAUGAGUGUGAGCUCUACGGGCAGGAGGGGCGCCCCCGGCUCUGCAUGCACACCUGCGUGAACACACCUGGCUCCUACCGCUGUGCCUGCCCCAGCGGGUACCGGACCCUGCCUGACAGGAAGAGCUGUGAGGAUAUUGAUGAGUGUGUGAGCUCACAGCACCUGUGUCCCCGGGGGACCACAUGCAUCAACACGGGUGGAGGCUUCCAGUGUGUCAGCCCCGAGUGCCCAGAGGGCAGCGGCAACGUGAGCUACGUGAAGACUUCUCCCUUUCAAUGUGAGCGAAACCCCUGCCCCAUGGACAGCAGGCCCUGCCACCACCUGCCCAAGACUAUCUCCUUCCACUACCUGUCCCUGCCCUCCAACCUGACAACGCCCAUCACGCUCUUCCGCAUGGCCAUGGCCUCGGUGCCCGGCCGACCCGGACCCAACAGCCUGCGGUUUGGCAUCGUCGGUGGGAACAGCCGCGGCCACUUCGUGAUGCAGCGCGCAGACCGCCAGACGGGGGAGCUGAUCCUUGUCCAGCCCCUGGAGGGGCCGCAGACACUGGAGGUGGACGUUGACAUGUCAGAAUACCUAGACCGCUCCUUCCAGGCCAACCACGUGUCCAAGGUCACCAUCUUUGUGUCCCCGUAUGACUUCUAAGGGUGCUUGAGCGUGGGCUGUGGAGAUCUGGGCUCACGUCUCUUCAAAGCCUCGGCUGUGGGCACUGACUGCGAGACACUGGCCCCCCUGCCCACCUGCUCACCUGCCUAUGCACCAGGUGUCCCGGGCAGCGCUGCACGCUGGCCCACAGAGUCGCACAGAAGGGCAGCCACAAAACCCAAACUGCUGCCAUCGCUUCUGUUUUCUGCUUUAAGGUUGUUCCCUUUGAUUAUGCACUAAUUUUCUGAAAUCUCUUUUCCAGGGGAAUGGGCAGCUUUUGAAAAUGCUGUGUGAAUGGCACUGUGAGUCUGAACUAACUGGGGAGGGGAGGAUCAUGUCUGUCUGAGGUGGUUGCGAGUCCUGAAUUAUGACAGUCACGCUGAGGGUCAAACUCUGCCCUGUGUGCGUGGCCCGGGGUGGGUCCUCGGCCACAACCCAGUGUUCUGCUGUUGUCCGUGUCCCCUCUGUGACAUGCCUGCCAACCUUCUCACCAGAGAGGGAUGCAGGGCCCGGGACCCCCAUACUGAUUCUUCUAGACCAAGAGACCACCAUUAAAGAGUAGAUUGUGCCUGAAUUAAUUCCUUUUGAGAAAUCGUAUCUCAAAACAUAACCUGGUUUUCUAACUGAGUAAGUAAAGCCUUUUGCUUCUCCCUGCCCACCUGGCCUGCCCCUGAACAUGAGCUGGCCCCGUUCCUUGUAGGAGGGGACCCCUAGCUCUCUUCCUAUCCAGGCAUACCCACUAAGAUAAAUGACUUAGAAAGAACUCACAGGUGAAUGUGGGAUUGCUCCCCCGGGGGAAAUCUGGCCUGGCCAAAUGGGAGAUGGGUCAGCAACACCUGGCUGUGGGGAGUUUAAGAAGGUGCUUGAAUUCCAUUGGUCCCAGGCCUUCUGCUUCUGAUGGAAGAGCCAGGGGGAGAUGCCCUCCAGUGACCGGCUAGGGCGGGGCGUGAGGCAGGAUGGGGUGGGAGACACCAUUCAGGUUAAAACUUAGAAGUUGGCUGAGCUCUGAGGAGGUUUCAAUAUCCAAAUACACGUUAAUCUAGGUGAGAUUUCAUCACAGGUGCAUUAUUCAAAAACGCUUUGUAUUUGCCUUGGUCUGAGAUGGAGCCAGAGGACGUGUUGCCAGGUGAGUGGUCAAGCCCACAUCAGGAUGUUUCUGGGACACUAUCCUUGUCUUCAUUUGUCAGACGAAGAGCGAGUGAUGUUUUUCUCCUCCCAUGGGUUUAGCUGUCAUCUCUGCCACCGCAGAGCCAGGGCCUGCAGAUCUGCUUCCCAGGUUGUUACAAGAACUAUUGAAACUGUAAUCCAAGCCUUGUAUUUCCAAGUGGUGCUGUGACAGGUCAGAAGCCUGCAUGUCACCCAGGCCCCUGGGCGGCACGCCAGGUGGGAGAGCCCAAGGGCCUGGCCACAUUCCUGAAAUUGAGGUGUCACCUCCGUGUGCUCCUGUUCCUUGCCGGGGCGGGGGUGGGUGCAGGUGAGGCGCGUGGAGGCUCCCCAGGACGGGCCCGACCUGCACUGUGUGACGAUGACCUGAUGACUUGGAUGCCACACAGGCCGGUCUAAAGCAGUGGUUUGCAUCCCGAGAUCUGCCCUCGCAGAACCACAUAGAGUGCCGGCUGCUCGGGCCUUCCUGUGGAUCAUGCCUGGGCCUUCUCCGGGGGUAACACCUGGCGUUCUCUCUUCUCUCUCACCUCAUGUUCCCUGUGGAAGCCAACUCUCCUUUGUCCCUUCACAACCUGUGCCAGGCCAGAGUAGCUAACAGUUCCAACAUUAAUUUGUACCUCUUUCCAAGAGACGUCGUUUCCUAGUGUAUGGCAGUGGGGUUUUUAAACUUUGUAUCAUGCACAGUUGCAAAUACGUGCAGAAGCAGAGAGACUCGUGUCAUGAGCCCAUGUCCGGAUCACCAGCCUCAGUGAUUAACACACAGUCAGUCUCUUCCAUCUCCACUCUAACCCCCCAAUGACGAUUCUGAAGCAGACCCUGGACAUCACUCGUAGCAUUUCAUCUGUAAAUGUUCCAGCAUGUAUUUCUAAACCCUACGUACUUUUAACAAAGCACAACUUCAAUCCCAGCCAUACCUAAAAGUUAGCAAUACUUCCUUAAUGCCUUCAAAUAUUUCUGAAUGGCUCAUGAUUUUCUGUUUAUUUGAAUUGGGUCCAUAAUAUAUAAUUUGUUGAUAUGCCUCCUCAGUCUCCUUUCAUCUGUACAUCUUAGCAUAUGUUUGGAGAACCUGGAGGCCUAUUAGAAGACAGUGGACUGGGUCAUUUGUCCUGUAGAAUUUCUCACAGUCUGGGUUUUCUUGGAUGCAUCUCUGUUACGUCUUUUAACGUGUUUCUCUGUCCUCUCUGUUUUUUAUAUAUCAACUAGAGGCCUGGUGCAUGAAUUCGUGC